AUGAAGUUCUCUCUCGCCUCCGUGCUGGCCUGCAGUGCCGUCGCCUCGGCUCACACCAUCUUCCAGCGUCUCUCCGUAGACGGACAAGACCAGGGUUCCCUCGUCGGCCUCCGCGCCCCCAACCAGAACAACCCCUCCGAGACCGUCAUCACCGUCCCCGCCGGUGCCAAGGUCGGCUCCUGGUGGCAGCACGUCAUCGGCGGUGCCCAGUUCCCCAACGACCCUGACAACCCCAUCGCCCCCUCCCACCACGGGCCCGUGACCGCCUGGCUCGCCAAGGUCGACAACGCCGCCUCCGCCUCCCACGCCGGCGUCGACUGGUUCAAGGUCGCCGAGGACAGCUACGACACCGGCUCUGGCGUCUGGGGCGUCGACAACAUGGUCAAGGGCAACGGCUGGCACUACUUCACCAUGCCCCAGUGCAUCGCCCCCGGCCACUACCUCCUCCGCAUCGAGCUCCUCGCCCUCCACAGCGCCCACCAGAACAUGGGCGCCCAGUUCUACACCUCGUGCGCCCAGAUCGAGGUCACCGGCUCCGGUACCUUUGCCCCCACCCAGACCGUCAAGCUCCCCGGCGCCUACCAGCAGAACGACCCCGCCAUCCUCGCCAACAUCUACGGCGCCGCCGGUGUCCCCAACAACAACAACCAGCCCUUCCAGGCUGCUGGCCCCAGGCCCAUCACCUGCUAG